ACGAGGUAGGUCUCCAUAUAAAUAUGGAGGUUCUGCCAAACACUGAUUAGUACCUGUAAUAUAAUUUAUGUGUCUCUUAACAGGAUGUACAAAGAAUAGGGGCAAUGGCUAAGAAAAGGAAGGCAACGUAUGUAGGGAGUGGAAAGGAAAACUCUAAGCCACAGGUUGGUAAAGAUAUAUCAAAAUUGGCAUCGGCACAACGUGCGCGACGGGAAAGAGAACGAAACCUAAAGCAAAGCACUACUCAGCGAUCAGAACAACACCUGCUAUGGGAUACUAGGACACAACCUCUACACGAAAUAAAUAUCGGGGCUACCCGUGAUGAGCACUGUGUCAACAUUGGCAACAACCUCCAUAUUCGUGAGGUAUUCCUUAAGCACGCUCUUUAUGUUAUAAUUAUUUUAAUCAGCGUUGUUAAUUUUGCGAAUAAACGUUUCAUUAUGCAUUACUUCAAAGGAUACACAAAGGGCGAACACAAUUGCUCAGGCAAGGCAGAAGUCAAGUUAUGCAGAUAAGGGGAAAGGACUUCUCACCUAUGCUAUUGAAAAAGAUUCUUUGGUAUUAUUCCUGCACAAUGCUUUGUGUCUUUCCAAAAAGUCUGUUGUGUGGAUUAUUUGGAGUUU